UUUGGCCUCUAAACCCUGAAAUAUUUCCCGAUUAUAUGUACGAACUUGCAGAGACUACAAACAUACCACUGGAAGAUACCUCCAAUAUGCAAUAUCAUCAACAAAUAGGUCCUAUUCCAGUUCCCAUAGCAGGACCCUCCACACAACAGCUAGACGAUUUAAUGUCACUUCUAGGAACGAACGAUUUCCAAGCUUCUGAAACUCAGCAACAAAUAAUCCGCUCCGUAACACCUGACAAUAAUGACACAACAGUUCAAACAACAGAUACGUUAGCAGUGCCUAUUGAAGUUAUAUCUCCUGUCCCAAAAGGACAUUACGUAAGUGGCCAAGGCAAACGUAAGCCAAAGAAACAGCAAACCUCUUUAGUUUUGACUUCAACUCCAAAUAUGAAAGAAAUUAAGGCAAAAAAUGAGCCUAAAGCUCCUCCAGAGAAGAAGAGACGAAAGGUUAUCAAAGCCAUAUUCCAAGAAGACAGCGAAGAAGAAAAUCUGCCAAACUACGCUCAAGAUGACAAGAGGAUUUGCGCAUUCAUUAAUUGCAACGACAUUUAUUCGCGAUCAAAACUUGGAGAAGACUGGUUGUGGUGUUUAAAAUGUUCGCAUUGGGCCCACGCUUCUUGCGCGGAUGUAUCUAAACGAACCAAGCGGUUCAUUUGCGAACUUUGCCUUUAAUUUUAUAACUUCUGCCGUGUAUGUCAUUUAGUCUGUAUGUGGUAUGCCAUUUUGUCCAUAGUAUAUGGAUAAAAUGGGUUUCGUUGAUCUUAGUUAAAUUUAAAAUUAUUAUUUUUUCUAGUUUGUUUAUCUUUUAAGUAUCUAUUAUAAUUCAAAGAUAUGAAACCUAAGAUUACGGGUGUGCAAUGUGAAUGCGCUAUGAUUUACCAUUAAAGAGUUGACCCAAAAACCAAAACUAUAUGUCAUUUUGUACAUACUUCCCCUACUCUUUUCCUUGAUCAGUUUGUAAAUAUUUGGGAGUUGAAUUUCAAGUUUCCAAUAUGCGUUUCAUACCAUUACAUCGACCGUAAUGUUACUACCCUUUGUUCAUGAUCUUGCAAGUAAUAAAGAUACAAUUUACACCACAUUAGAUUGUCCAUUACUUAGUGCCAAAUCACAUGGACAAAAUUGUUACAUCAUUACUUUUAAUCAGCCACUUUACUAUAAAGCUCGCGAAAUUGUAGCUGCUGCUGAUGUUCAAUGUGAUAUAUCCAACGUCAUUGUAAGACUAGGUGGUUUUCAAAUGCUUAUGUCGUUUCUUGGAUCUAUAGGCUAUAUAAUGGAAGGAAAUGGACUCAAAUAAGCUCUUAGUGUUAUUUAUGCUCCAAAUUUACAACUGCACUACUUCAAAUUAUCCCCCCCCCACUCUGCCACAUUUACAGUUAACAAAAACAUUAAUAACGUUUACAAUACAACAAUUUUCGUACUUUCUCAACAAAACCCGCAAAAAUUCCCAUGUUAACUACCAAACCGUUUUACUCUAUAAGUGAAACUGUAGGUAAGUUGUGAUUUUUGUUUUAAUUUUUACUUUUAUUGCAUGCUUAUAGUUUUUGAAUUUAUUAUAGCAUCAUAGAUUCUCCUAUUUUAAAUUAUGUUUUACCUUAACAGACAAUAGUCAACCUCUCAUGAGAGAAACACCUUUGGUUGCAGGUAUCGAUUUGAAAAUGAUAGACAAAGUUCCAGCCCGUGGUCAAACUCUUGUUAAUACUGGAAUUAAAAUUCAACUACCGAUAGGAAAUAAAUGCUCGACGAUCUGGACUAGCCGUCGAUCAUUCUAAAGACAUAGGAGCAGGUGUUAUUAACGAAGACUACAGAGGUGUAGUUAACGUACCAUUGUUGAAUUAUUCUAACAAAGAAUUUGUAAUAGAGAUAGGUAAUAGAAUGGCUCAGUUAAUUUGUGAAAAAAUAUCAUAUCCAACAAUUGUUCAAUGUUCAUCUUUAGAUAAUACAAAUAGGUCAAAUUGUGGAUUUGUAUCUUCAGGGAUAAAAUAAUACUUUUUAUAAACAUCUGACCCCCCCACUGCAAAUCUCGCAGUACACAAUCUACUGAAAGAUUACUUAAUACAUUUCAUUUAAAUAUGCAAUAUAAGACUUUAUAUAAACUAUGUGAAAUACAAGCUUAUCUGUGCCGGUUGAAGAACGUGAGACUUUCGAAGACACGUACGAUAAGCAGUACCGUCCAAAGCGCAUGAUUUAACAUUUUAAUAAUUUUCAAUUUUCUUGUAUUUCUUUUUUUGUAUACCAUGUAUAUGUGUUGUUCUUUUAACCACUGAUUAGAUAGUAGUGGAAGCGGGAAAUUACAAGAAUCAUUGGAAAAACAAAUUGUACACAACGAUGUACACCAUUAUAAUAAUGACUCAAUACGAACAGAGAAAGAACAGAAUACAGAAGAAGAACUAAUUUUUGGAGGAUUGAAACAGAAAUUACCAUCAGGAAGUCGAAAAGAAAAUAUAACUAUCCACCAGUCAGAUUUACAAUUAUUAGACAAAACAGAAAAAAAUAAACUUUGUCAAGAAUCGGUAGAUAAUUUAUUGCUAGAUAGCACGCAGAAAACUGUAGCUUGCGAAGAAAUAAAGCAAGGAAUGGUAUUCGAUAACAGGGAAAGGGAUGUACAUGAAGAAGAGAAAACUUUACCUGUCCAAAAAGAUCACCAAAAAUUUGUGGAAAAAGAAAGAAAUUUAUUUAGGGAAGAAUCAGAACAAGGCAUCUUAUUAGACAACACGCGUCCACAUAGCAGUCUGAAAAAAAUAAUAGUUGAUCAGGAACUACAAUUAUUGGACAAUGCUGAAAAAGAAUCAUACAGCGAAGAUGUGACGUCAGGAAGAGAAUACGUACCAGAUUGAUGAAAGUAAUCAAGGUAAAUUAUACAUGUUAUGGACGACCCCACGUUAAGAUAGGGAAUAUUUUUGCCUAAUAAUUUUAUUUAAUUAAACUUAAAGUUUGGCUGUAAUGAGCAUCAAAAAUGACGAGGUGCUAUAAAGAUAUUUCAAUAUAUUUAUUCUAAUGAUACGUAUUAAUGUUACGAAACGAAGAAAUGAAAAUUAGACACAAUGUAACGAGAACAUUUUUUAAAUUUUUAAACAAAUACUUUCCGCUUUUAUA